CUCUUAGAAUCCUUUACAUAUCAUAUCCUCUCUUUUUUUCCCUCUCUUUCUUCCUUAUAUAUCCCAUUUUUAUCUCCUUCUCUCAAAUCCUUCAUCGUCUCUCUAUGCAAUAUCAAAAACGCUCUACACCCUUUUCCUCAAAUCCUCAAAGUUUAUUCUCUCUCGUUGAUAUGGCUGAGGUUUUACUUCCAGAGAUGUUGGAUAUCUCCAACGACACUUCUUCAUUAACAUCUUCACAGGAGCUUCUUCAUGUUCUUGCCGUUGAUGAUAGCAUGGUUGAUCGUAAAUUCAUCGAGCGGUUGCUAAGAGUCUCUUCUUGUAAAGUUACUGUGGUCGAUAGUGCGACAAGAGCUUUACAGUAUCUUGGCUUAGAUGGAGAGAAUGGUUCAGUUGGAUUUGAGGAUCUGAAGAUUAAUUUGAUAAUGACGGAUUACUCUAUGCCCGGAAUGACUGGAUAUGAACUACUCAAGAAGAUCAAAGAAUCAUCAAUUUUCAGAGAAAUACCAGUGGUGAUUAUGUCGUCAGAGAACAUCUUGCCUCGGAUCGACAGAUGUCUUGAAGAAGGGGCUGAAGAUUUCUUAUUGAAGCCUGUGAAAUUGGCUGAUGUGAAGAGAUUAAGAGAUUCUUUAAUGAAAGCUGAGGAAAGAGCUUUUAAGAAUAUGAUGCACAAGAGAGAGCUAGAAGUUAAUGAUAUAUACUCGCAGCUUAAACGCGCAAAGAUCUGAGUUUAUCAUAGUCCACAUGAUAUCAUCUUUAUAAGCUCAAGGAUUCAUACACACACUUAAGCUUGUCCCUGAUUCUUUCGGCUUACAAUUUUUGACACAUCACAGCUUCUUUAGCUGAGAGAAUGAGGACGACUGAGAAGAGUAACACAGAUGGGGUUUUCACAAAAUAGAUAUGUAAAUUGUAGACUGGGGGGGAUUCAUUAGAGAGGAAGAGAUACUUUUUUUUUUCUUUACAUAUGACUAUGAGAUAUGUAAAAUGGUGUUGUUAUUUUUGGAAGUUUAAUAGGAACGACUCUUCCUUUUUUCGUCUUCA